AAAUAUUAUUAUUAUUGUUAUUAUUAUGGAGCUCUAUUCUAUACGUUUAUCAAUUUUGGAGAAACUUUUUUUUUAAUUUUACUCGAAUGUCACUUGAAUAAGUCAAUAGUAUGGAACCAUCCUUCAUUGAAUCAGGAUUAGAACUUCUCGCUAGAUUAGAAACGCGACUAACUCUUCAUGCUUUGGAAAAUAUUUUAUUUCCAAAUGGAUUACCGAGAAAUGCAACUAUUGAACUUUGCGGUAAUUUAUCUAGCGGAAAAGUUAUUUUAUUCACUCAGCUCAUAGCUAAAUGUAUUUUGCCCGUAAAACAUAAUGGAGAAACAAUCGGAGGUCUUGGAGUUAGUGUUUUAUUUAUAAAUACAAAUUAUCACUUUGUGAUUACAAAGCUUAGAAGUUCCAUCAUAAAUUUUUUAUAUCAGAGAAAAAUUCCUGACUUGACACCAGGAACAAUAGAUACAAUCGUCAGACGAUCACUAAGUAAUUUAAUUAUUAUAAACUGCUAUGAUAGUUCAUCAUAUUUUUUAACACUUCAAACAUUAGAUGAUAUUUUAUCAAGUAAUAAAAACAUUAGUUUAGUAGCAAUUGAUAAUAUAACUUCCUAUUACUGGGAAGAUAGACAAAAAGGUGGUAGUUGGAUGAUGAAUCGGUAUAUUAGAAACACUUUAAAAAUUGUUCAAAACCACACUUUUCAAAGAAAUAUUUUACUUCUUUAUACUAGAGUAAGUGACUCAACUUAUAAAGAUAAUAUUCAAUGUGUUGAUAAAUCUGAAUUAGAAAAAAUUAACUUCCGGAUAAAUUUGCAACAUAAUGAAGAAAGUAAUACUUAUUUGUGUACAGUUGAAUCUCGAACUCAAACAAAUAAUAUUUACUAUACAAUUGAUUCCAAUGGAAUUAUGUGGAAUAAAUCAUUAUAAUACUUAUAACAUUAGCACCUAAUUUAU